GCAACCCUGCAAAGUUCCUCAUUUUUAAUGUUAGUUACCAAAUAAAAUGGAACUCGCAGAAGCUCUCGAGCUGUGUCGCGUCUCUCUGUUCAGGACACAAACACGUCUAGCCAGAAUGAAGCUUUUUGCUUUUGGGCUGAUCCUAUUAGUUGGUACAGGAGAGAGUUUUGUGAAAGAAAUCACAGCGGUCCGCGGCAGUGACGCCUGGAUCGAAUGCAUGUUUGACGCUGCCAGGAUGAGACAAGACAAGGCUGUAUGGUGGCACCACUGUCACAAUGAUGUCUGCACAGAAAUCCAACACUAUAAGAACGGUGUGGAUCAGCUGCAGGACAGGGCAGCCUCCAGGAGGAGGAGGGUUUACCCUGAUAAAUUCAGAGAUGGAAUUGCCUCCCUUUUCAUUGAGAAUGUGCAGAUGUCUGAUGAUGGGCAUUAUGAAUGUAAUGUCAUAUUGACAGGCGGUCUUUACAGUAAAAUCUCUGUUUUAACUGUUCUAGCCUCUUACGAACCCCCUCAGUUGACAGAAGCCCUGGACACUCGCUCCUUCACCUGCUCUUCUAGAAAUGGUUUUCCUCCUGCGCUGGUGACCUGGACCGGUGGCAGUGGGAUGAAUUACACUCCGGAUUCAGUCACACAGCACACACUGAAUCCAGAGGGGCUGUAUGAUGUUGUGAGUAAAUUAACAAGGAAUGUUACUGAAGAGGAAACAGUCUGCUGUACAGUGUGGAACCAGCCUCUCCAAGAACACAAAACCAACUGCACGCAAGUCACUCCAGGACAAGAGACUGAUGAUCAGCACAGUAUGACGGCAACCCUAAUUCCUGUCACCCUUUUCAUCCUGGCUUGUUGUGUUGGGUUCAUGAUAUACUGGUAUCUCUAUAAAGGACGCCAGAAUCUGACCAGAAUGCGGAAACGGAUUUCUAGUUUCUCAGAUGUCACGGUCAUUGUUCUGAUUGGGAGACCAAAGCAUGGCAUGUCGUUGCUCAUCAACUCCUGUGUGUUUGCCUACAAGGUUAAAGAACACUUUGAUAACUGGGCCGGUGCUGUGAAGCGUCCCCCACAUUAUGCCCAGCCUAAGGAGGUGCCCCUAACAGAGCACAUCACCAUUACCAGAGCACUGCUGGAAAAAGAGGACAGGUUCUGGACCAGUGAAAGGGAGGCCUACCUGGACAAGUGGAGAAAGCAAGUCCAGUGUUCUAGAUGUCCUUUUGUAUUUGUACACAGUUGCACCAAGGAGCUGACGGACACAACCAAAGAUGAAAUUCAAACACUGUUUGAGGAUAUUAGAAGUGUGACAGGCUUGUACCCCAUCACUGUGCUGACAAAAAAGAACUUUGGAAUUGCAAAGGAGCUGGUGCCUUUCUUCCACAGUCUGGGGAGUAAACGCAUGUUCACAUUUCACAACUACACGAUACAGGAGCACAAGAGAAGUGCAAAGAGGGACGAAGAGUUUUUGGAUUUCGUGAUCGCCUGUAUUGAUGAAGCUCUUGCCACGAACCCUGAAAAAACGCCCUUAAUGAAGAUGGAAUGAUGUGCCCUUCACAGCCACUGUGGAGCCAUUCUACCAAUGACGGCCUCAUGCCAUAGGAGCUAUUGUGCUACCAUUACCCCUUAAUGCAAAACCAUUGCAUUGCCACUACUCCAUACAGCAGGGCAGCAGUGUGGAGUAGUGGUUAGGGUUCUGGACUCUUGACCGGAGGGUCGUGGGUUCAAUCCCAGGUGGGGGGACACUGUUGCUGUACCCUUGAGCGAGGUACUUUACAGAGAUUGCUCCAGUAAAAACCCAACUGUAUAAAUGGGUAAUUGUAUGUAAAAAUAAUGUGAUAUCUUGUAACAAUUGUAAGUCACCCUGGAUAAGGGCGUCUGCUAAGAAAUCAAUAAUAAUAAUACUAAUAAUAAUAAUUGUAAAACAGCAUGCAAUAAACUGAUGUUUUUUUUUUCAAAAAAAGGUUUAUUCUCAUAGACUUCAAUCUGAUCUACAUGGUUUUUAGUGAUCACUGUUAAAUGAUUAUCUCAUUCAUUAUAAACACUCUACAUAUGUGUGUAAUUACAUUAUAUAUAUCAGCAAAUGUAAAUAUAUGUAAGAAAUAUUUUAUGGAUAUUUAUACUAUAUUCAUGGUCCUUUCGGGGAUUGAAUUGAACGAAAUGUUUGCACUUUUUGCACUCCUGCAGUUUG